AAAAAAAAAGGGACUCGAAUCGAAUGGCGUUCCUUUAACACACCACAAACUCAUUCACUGAAUAUUCCUUUGGAAUCAAACAUUCUCACAAAUCACAAUGCCUUUCCCUUCCUAUAUAAACCCUGCCUCCUCGGUGCCUUUCAGAACCAAGAACUUCUUAGUGUUAAAUCCUAGAUUUAUUUGGGGAGUUUGAGGUUUCAAAAACAGCUUUUGGGUACUAGAAUGGCCGGAAUUGUGGUGGUUUUCGACUUUGACAAGACGAUCAUCGACUUGGACAGUGAUAAUUGGGUCGUGGACGAGUUGGGUGCCACUCAAUUGUUCGAUCAACUUCUUCCUUCCAUGCCUUGGAAUUCUCUCAUGGAUAGGAUGAUGAAGGAGCUUCAUUCCCAAGGCAAAACUAUUGGGGACAUUGAAGAGGUACUCAAUAGGGUUCCUUUACAUCCCCGGAUUGUCCCUGCCAUCAAAUCUGCCCAUGCUUUAGGAUGUGAUCUGAGGGUAGUUAGCGAUGCUAAUCUGUUCUUCAUCGAGACAAUUUUGAACCAUCUUGGGAUAAGGGAUUGUUUCACCGAAAUCAACACGAACCCGGGUUAUGUUGAUGAGGAAGGGAGGCUAAGGAUCGUACCUUACCAUGAUUUUCAUUCUUCUCCUCAUGGCUGCAAUCUUUGCCCACCAAACAUGUGCAAGGGUCUGAUAAUAGAAAGGAUCCAAGCUUCCAUGAAUAAAGAGGGAAAGAAAAAGAUCAUCUACCUAGGAGAUGGAAGUGGUGAUUUUUGCCCAAGCUUGAAGCUGAAGGAGGGUGAUUAUAUGAUGCCAAGGAAGGAUUUCCCAGUAUGGGACUUGAUAUGCAAAAAUCGCAUGCUUUUGAGGGCAGAAAUCCAUGAAUGGACCGAUGGAGAAGAGCUUGAACGCGUGUUGCUCCAACUUAUUAACGACAUUUCUAUCGAAGAGAAGCACACCACUAACUCUACCCAGUUAUUAUCGGGUGACUGCAAAUUUCAGACAAUUCCGAUAUCUACUCAUGAAGCCUUGCCUCUUGCCCUCCCUGUUCGUUACUAGUUGCCAACAAUUUAACUAGCUUUGGCCAAAGCCAAAGCUAUUUGCAGAUUUUUUGUCUUGCUUUCCGCUUUGAUUGUGGAUUUUCUAAGCUUAAAUAGUUGCGUUGACCUGAAACUGUUCGAGGAAAAUUAUGGCAACCACUAAUUUGCUACUACUUUUUGUAAAGUUAUGUUUGGUGUACGCGAUAAUUCCUGUAAUAGUUUGAGACAGCGAUCUUUAAGUUGGUGAACCUGAAACAACAGGGUCAAAAAAAAAAGUUAGGUGAGCACCCGGUUUAUCUCCUCUGAAGCUAAAGUUAGUCUAAGGUCGAAGGGUUUAGCUCAAUGGACAAUCUUUUUCUGAUUCAAAUUUGUGUAUCUUUGUCCAUUUUUCUGAGGAG